UCACACGAAAUUUAUUUUGGAGCGGUUUGUCAAAAAAUGUGGAACAAAAUAUUUUUUUGGAUUUUUAGCGCAUACUUAGUAGUACAGAGCUCUCAAACAAUAUUAGUGCAACAAACUCAUUCCCCACGGAGACUAGAAUCCUCCUUUAAUUCUGAAGAGCGAAUUUGUAUGGUUCGUAAUGUAUGCGAUAAUGUUAUAAAUGAGGAGCACAGACAGGAUCAACGCAAUUGCAUAUUUUUGUAUUCCAUUGAAAAACUAACCACAAUUGCUAACCAAACAGUUGAUGAAGGGGUUAUUAUGUUUCAGAAAGUGUUGCAAAAUACUACUCUUAUCAAUUCCAAAAGCAGUGAACUGCACAGACUUCUGGGAGAAAUCGAUCAAUACGUUAAAAGGGUAAAAAAAUUUGAAUUACAUCCUGAUUUUGAAAAUCCUGGACAUUUGUUUAAUAUGACAGUAGAACUUAGUGAUAUAUUGGAUAACUUCAACAUUACUAAUGUCAAAUAUCUAACAGUUCCGAUAGAGUACAUUGAAGCAGCUUUACAGAAAAAUGGAUUAGAACAGUUGAACAUAAAUUUUGAGCAAAGAUUUUUGACUUUCUCAAGAACGUUUGAGAAAAUUGUGGAUAAUUAUAUAGUCUCGCUUAAGCAGAACCACUGCGGGACCGAUCAACCACUUCAAGAAUGGUUUAAUAAGUUUAAAGCCGAAAAAAAUGUUAACAAUAAGGUUCUACAUUUUGAAAAAUUUUAUGAUUUAUAUUAA